UUUGAACUCAACUUUGUGAGUGCGUUUAUACUGUGAGUGGGUUUUAAUUUGUUUGCUCGUGGAAAGAUCAAGAAGGGUCUCUCGACGUUGUGUAUGCCAUGUGGGGAGCAGAGAUGUGUUGUGUUUCACAUGCAUGCAUUUGGUAAUUCCAAGGCUUUGAUCGAGCUCGUGAAAAUGAUAAUGGGAAACAAGGCUGGUUUUGCUUUCUUCAAGAGAAUCAGUUGCGGAUAAGAACAAACUGUUUGGUGUGGGAGAAAACAGCCAGUGAUUUUUUUUCCUUGAAGCUCAGAUCAUCAGGUAAAUGGAUGCCGGUCAAAUUAAUGAUAUUUUUCACAUGAUCUUUCUACUUCUGACUGAUUCGUCAGCACUCACCUGUUUGAUCUGUUUUCCGCCCCUUUCUUAAUACGUGAGCAGCAUAAAUUAUAAUCAACGUUUGAGACGUUUUUGCUCCAAAACUUUUUAGCUCAUGACCUAGAAGUCUUUUCUGAAAACCCUUGAAAAAUAUUUACUAUAUAUAAUCUUGCGUUCUACUUUUAGCCGUCCAAGUACCCUUCUUUCAUCGGCCUCUUUUUGUAACCCUUCUUUGAUCGAUCGAUGUAUGCCAUGGCAAAAACAGCUGAGAAACGAAUCUGUUCCUCGUUGUGCUUUUCCAGACCCUUAUGGCUAUGCAUUGCAGCCCUUGUUCCUUGUUUAGUUUUCACUUACUUUCUAAGUUUUGGGUUCCAUCCAUUCCUUGUUACCAUUCCAAUUUUGGUUCUAUCAACCCUGCUCAUCGUCACAUUCAAAAGGAAAAAGGUGGUUUUGGAUGAGAAUAGUGUCCAAGAUGAUCAUCAGGCCGGUCUCAACUGCGGCCAGAAAAACCUGCAUGGAAAAGAAGUGGGAGAGAAACUUCAGCUACCACUAGAAACCUCUACUCAGACUGAGGCGGUCCAAAAAAAUGAAGUUGGUCUGAUGCAUCAUGAGUACCAAGUUGAAUCACCCUCGGAUAUUCUCUUUUCAUCAGACAGUGAAAGCAGCAAUGACUCCAUUUUAGGUGGAAGCUUUGAUCUCGAUUUGAGGAUCAGUUCCAACUAUAUGGAACAAAGUGCAGCAAUCUCAGAUGUUUCGGUUUCUGAUGAAGAUGAUGAUAGCCUCAUUGAAAUAUCCCUACCGGUCAGCAAGUCCGGUGGCCUUGAAGGGGAGCCAAAGCAAUUAAAGCUACAGUCCGAUUUGCCCGGGCUCUUGCCAGACUCCGUUUUCGAACAACAGGGCUUAAUGGAGCUCUUGGCAGAGAUCAACGAGAUGAAUGAGGAAGAAAACUUGAUCGAGAUUGAUCUUUCAAUGGGCUCCAUCAAGUGUUCAAGGUUAGAGAUUGAAGCUUGAGUUAGAGCAUUGUGAAGAGGUCAAUAGAAUUUUGAUCUCAAUGGUAGGGUUGAGAUAAAGGGAUAGUAGGUUUUUGUGUUUUUUUCUUUAUGGUAAGAGAAUUUCUGCUUUUCCAUUUACAGCUUGGCUUUUUUUCUACAAGGCAUGAGGCUUGACUUUCACAAGUUGAGCAUGCCUAGAGCGUUGCCUUUUAAAAUCCCUUUUGUAUGCACUAAAGUAUAAAAAAGUUGCAACUUUAUCAUGCCUUUGUUACAUAUAUUAGCAGACACGAGCAAAGUAAAAUAAUCAUUCUUUCUGUGGAGGAUGGGAAUCCCAGUACUCGCAUUAAUUAAUGUCUUUUCAAUGAAUGAGAUCUCGAUAUU